AUGGAACCAUUCAAAAGUGAAAAUUUUGAAUUUAGACGUCGUAAUUGGAAUAUUAUUUGCGAUUAUCAUGGACCUGCAACAAAAUCUUAUACGUGUGUUCAUCUUUACACACUUCCCUACCCUUAUUGGAGUUUUUAUACAAGACUCUAUGGUAUUCAUACCACGCUCGAUUCAUCAGUAUCACUCAGUAAUAUCCGUCGGUUACAUAUACAUAUAGAUGAGGAUGAUCGCCCAAGUCAACCAACUGGAAACAAUCGGCUCUUCUCAGAUGUGGACAUACUAUACAUUGAUGGUAUCGUGCAGAAUACCAGUUGUUCCACCAUAGUAGCUGAUAUCGAACAAUUGGUGACACUAUCCAACGUUAAUCGUCUAUAUUUAGAUGAUUAUUGCUAUCAAUUACUAGACGAUAUCUUAGCCGUUGCACCAAAUAUUGUUCAUUUAGAUUUGGCCGAUGACUUGGACGAAUAUUUACAAAUAUUGAAAGGGAAGCAGUUUCAGGGAGUGAAAAAAAUUAAGAUAGACGAGGAUUAUGAUUGA